UGAACCGAGGAUACCACCUUGUAAGGGUGGAAAAUUUCUCUUGUGCUCCUUUUUCCUCCCUUUUUAUCGUUUUUAAACCAAAUCGUGCCACUUGACGCGUGUGGAAAACUUUUCGCAAAGCUCUGUGUAAGAGGAGGAAAACCCGCGUGAUAAAUUCCACGGUGAAGAAAAACAUUUUAAUGGAAUAUUUUUUAAGGAAAUUCGUAAAGUUCUUGAUGAAAGAAAAUUAGUUGUUGAUGCAAGAUUUUUCUUUAAAAGGAAAAAAAAGAAGAAAUCUUCGUCAACACUGUUAAGUGCACAGUGCAUUGGUUGAUGGGGAAGAAGAAAAACUAAAAGUGAUGGAAAAAAUGUGAAAUCAAUUUUCAAUUUAAACCCUCCCACCACUCAACUAUACAUACAUAGUCAUUUGUGUGGUGAAUAAAAUAACAUAAAGUGCAAUUACGGUAUUCAUCCUUUUUUCGUUUUUCUCCCGUGUAUACCCCCCAAAACAUCAACCACAGCUGAACCACCACCACCAACCACACCGACUUCCCCCAUACCGCAAUCUUUAUACCAAACGUCUUUUGCUACCUCUAACCACGUUCAACAAUAAACUCCUAUGGUGGAAAAACUGUGUGUGAGAGUGGAAAAGAAAAGCUGAAACAUUUUGUAGUUUUCGUGUAGGCAAAAAAAAAAUAAAUAAAACAGAGAAGAAGGAGAAAGUUGUGGAACGAGGAAAAGAUUUACAAGGAUUCCUAGCACACGAAGAUCCCUUUUGGCUUUUAUAUUUCAAGUCGUCUUGUUUUGCAUCCCAAACCCUCAUCAACUCAUUCAUAUUUUCCCUCUGCAUUGUAUUGUUUUCAUUUUCCACUGCUGCUGAAGAAUACAGAAUAGAAGACUUACACACCGGUGUGUGCUCCAGAAAGGGAAAUCCAUUUUCUUCGCGCGCGCACACACAUCGAACUUUUACCAAUGCUACGAGUCCAUUUGGCAAAUUAACAAGAAGGCAGAAAAGCUCUAACUGUAGUGAGGAAAAGAGGAUUGUGAAUUGCCAACACUCCCUCUUGGCAAUUUGCUAUAAAACCAUCCACCCACAUUUUCCAACAAUUUUUCCUUCACCAAUAAACCAAUCCGUCGUGUUCGUGUGGUGCGGGAGUGAUGUCAAUGAAACGCCUAGCUGUGAUUGCAGCAGUAAGUUCCCACAAUAGCCUCAGCAACAAUUCCAUAUCAUACUACAGUGUGGAGAAGGGUGGCCACCAGGGGCUGCAGACAAUGCGUCCGGGCGCCAAUUUGCACGGGAAUGUCAAUGUACUUCUUGGCGGAGCUAUGCUGUCAGUUGUGAUAACUGUGGUAUGUUUUGUAUGCUACUGCUGCCAUCGCACCAUUAAGAAGCGAUCUACAUCAACAUAUCGUCAACGAUGGCUCGAGACUGACACAAAUAUGGAAAUUUAUAGCGUCGAACAGUGCUAUGACACAUCCGGCAUUUAUGUGGACACCCCAGAGGGUGUGACAGUACCCGGGCAUGGUCCUCCACCAUCGUACGACCAAGUGGUAGCACUCGACGAGAUGGCAGCUCGUCAUCCGGGUGCCUUCAAGACAACCCGGCCCGCAAUGAGACACAGUCAGAGCCAUCCGGGACACUUCUGUCCAUUCAUGCUCCUCGAAGCGGAAACCACAAAGUGCCCAGAGUAUGCCCAACUCAAGUGCGACGACUCAUCCGGAGGUGAUGGUGGUGGUCAGGAGGAGGCUGCUGCUGCGGGAAAUUCAACGCUCCUCACACCCCCAGACGCGGCAAAAGUUGAAGAACAAAUUCUCUCACCGAGGCACAUUGUCACUGGCAAAUUGACCCUAUCGCCCUGUCAGUGCCAACAGAUGGACAAUAUGAAUCCCAUUGGGGAGACAAUGGACUGGAGCUGUAGUGCAACCCCCGAAGAUGAAGACGACCACCCAGAUGUCCACUUCAUUGCACCAACUGAGACAAAUGGGAACACCAUUUACCAGGACACUGAGAUACAGCAGUGCAGCUGUACGAGGAACAAUAAUUGUCUACCGUCCACAUCAUCGUCCAUCGCAUCAGCACACGGAUGCUGCUGCAGCAACAACAACAACAUCCAAGGGGUGCCCAAUGAUGGGGAUCCAAACCAAAAUCCCGGACCAAUUGAUUUUGAGACUCUCAAUGAGAAUGGACUCGUUCGCAUUGACAUCAGCCAGAUAAUCGAUAAGACAGGAUUGCCUACGUACGAGGCAGCCAUAAGAUUGGAAUCAAGUGGAUAUGUCUAGUGCUAAGAUGCUGGCAGUGUGGCAUCACCCCAGGGGAGAGAUUUUCCUCCACCCACCACACCACUAACUACACAUGAUUCCCACCACACCAAAUGGCAGUUCUAUCGACGACAAUUCGAACAUUUUGAGAACGAGGGGACCCAUAUACAUUUAAAUUUAACAAUAAAUAAUAGAAAAUGUUCUACAUGGCAUGUCCUUCGUACUACAUAGUUGGAGAACCGCAUAUGUGUGAAAUGUCCCCGAAGCAGUGAAUCUCAAAUCACUGUCACACAAGUUAAAAGACAUCCUCAUACAAGGCAGCCAAGCAGCAUUAUAAUGCGAAUGUGAGAAGCCAAUACCCGGCAUACGGAGAGAAAAUUGGUUGAUAAUGAGACAUGAAAAUGGCAUGAAGAAAUGGAAUGUGUUGCAAUUGAGAUACUUUUCCGAGAGAGCACUUUGCCCACCCAUCUCGCACCCACAAUCACCCGAAAAAAUCCCAUUCAAUUUGGCAACCAAAAAAUAAACGGAACGACAAAAGAUGAGAGACACUACCACCACCCCCAGGAACACGCAUUGAUCAAUUUGGCGGAUAGAAAGCGCAAAAAUCCCCGCGAAAACACAACGUUUUAUGUUUGCUUCUAUCGAAAUGCAUAUCAAAGUGGAUUUCAUACGUUAGAAGAAGAGACAUUGCAGGGACAUUUCGUAUAGAGUUCAUAUAGCAAAAAAAACCUCCUAAAAUCCCAACAAUAUUUCUCACAGCGAAUAACAUUAGUCAAACGUUUAGUUUUUGAUAAAAUAUUGGUAUUGAAUUUAACAGAAAAAAAUGUAAAACUUUGCAGAGAAAUAUUUUUAGUUCUGCCACAUAAAAUCUAUGCCGUUUUGAAUUGAAAUAUUUGCAAAUAUAUUUUAUGUUUGACAUUUAUUCAACAAUUUUGACUUUUUCAAAUGUCCCUUAAAUGGAGUAUUAUUUGCUGAUAUAUAUGUUGAAUAUAAGAGGCGUUUAUUUAACCCUUUCAUGCCCUCAACAAGUAUUUCGAUUCAUUUUCAAGUCUUUCAAGUAGUUUUCUAAAUGAAUUGUAAAUUAAAAAGAAGAAGAAUCUGUGUUCUUUAGAAGAGCUCCAAUUGGCUGAUCAUCACGAACAAAGCUUUCUCAUUGGCUACUUCACCUCUUCUACGUCACAACCUGGUGGUGAUUCGAUGCAUUUAAAUUUUGAACAAAUUAUUUAAUUUUUCAAUCGCAAAUAGUAAGAAAAUCGCAAUUUUUGCUAUAGAACUCACGAAUGACCCUGCAUUAGUGAUAGUUGAACCCUCUAGAAAUGUAAAAAAAAAAUAAACCAUUUUGUGUAUAAAA